AUGACUUUUCAAAAGUCGUCGGCGCUGUCGGCGCGACACAUUCAGGAUUUCAGCAAUGCCACCAGUGUGAUCUACUAUUGGGGCUACGCAGACCGCGUCGUGCCCUGCACCAACGACAAGGGCAGCUGUGAGUACCUCGACCUCGUCUACGCAAGCCACUCCAACAGCAUGCUGUACACCGGCAUCAUGUGGGCCCUGAUCCUCGGCAUCCUGCUGGUCUGGGCCUUUAUGCGCAAGGUGUUUCCGUCGGCUCCGGCCCCGACCGACGUCACGUCUUCUUCUUCUUCGAGGGCCGAGGACGGCAGGGCACCCGCAAAAUCUGCCGUAACGAGGCUGCGCAACUCGUUGGCCUCGUGGUCGAGGCGCUGGCUCCUGCCGGAGUCGAUGAGGUGGUUGUUCGGGCACGUCACCCGCCUGCAGCUGGCCAUCCUGGCCAUUGUCGUCAUCUAUCUCAUCAUCUUCAGCUUCGCCGGCAUCUACUACGCCUCUUGGAUCACGCCCGUCAAGGACACGCCGGGCGUUUACAACUUCCGAUCCAGCCUCGGUCCCUGGUCCAACCGCGUCGGUGUUUUCGCAUACGCGCUCACGCCCAUGUCCGUCAUGCUGGCGAGCCGCGAGUCGAUCCUCUCCAUCUUGACCGGCGUGCCCUACCAAUCCUUCAUGUUCAUGCACCGCUGGCUCGGCUACAUCAUGUUUGCCCAGUCCGCCCUGCACACCAUCGGUUGGUGCAUUAUCGAAAUCCGCCUCUACCAGCCGCAGCCCAAAGUCAGCCUCCAGCUGGUCACGGAGACGUACAUGAUCUGGGGGCUGGUGGCCAUGGCGCUGUUCACGGCCCUGAUCCUUCUGACCACCAAGUGGGCGAUCCGGGCCUUUGGCUACGAGUUCUUCCGCAAGGCCCACUACGUCCUGGCCAUGGUCUACAUCGGCGGCGCCAUCGCCCACUGGAAGGGGCUCAUGUGCUUCCUGAUCCCCGGCAUCCUGCUCUGGUUCGUCGACCGGGCCGCGAGGCUGGUGCGCACCGGCCUGCUGCACUACAACUACCUCGAGGACGGCACGCUCGGCUUCGGGUCGGCCAAGGCCUCGGUGCAGCUGUUCGAGGACGCCGAGAGCGGCGACGUCGUCCGCCUCGACUUUGACCACCCGCACCAGGCCUGGGACAUCGGCCAGCACUUCUUCCUCACCUUCCCGGAGCUCAGCAUCUGGCAGAGCCACCCCAUGACCCCGCUCGCCCCGCCCGCCAUGCCCGGCGCCGCCGGCGGCAAGACCGGAUCCAGGCACUCGUACGUGAUGCGCGCCAAGGCCGGCGAGACCAAGAAGCUGGCGCUGCUGGCCGCCCAGAAGCUUGCCGCCGCUGGUGCCGGAGCCGAGUCCUCCGCCGCCACCGCCGAGAAGACGGCAGCGAGCAGCAGCAGCAGCAGCAGUAGCAGCAGCAGCAGCAGCAGCAGGAGAGGCCAAAACGACAACACAACCGCGGCGCCGACCGUCUCGGUGAUCCUGACGGGCCCGUACGGCCAAUCCAUCAUGCACAGCCUGCGGACGGACGCCAACGUCCUCUGCGUGGCGGGCGGCACGGGGGUGACGUUUGUGCUGCCGCCGCUGCUGGAGAUUGUGCGCCGGACGCCCGUGCCGGGCCGCAGGGUCGAGCUCGUCUGGGUGAUCCGGCACGCGCGCGACAUGGAGUGGGUGGCGCCCGAGCUGGCCGAGCUGCGCGCCGCCAGCGAGACGCACAACCUGCACGUCGACGUUUACGUGACGCGCGACGCGAAGACGAGGGCCGCGGGCGCCGCGGACGGCAAGGAAGAGGGCGCGGCCAGGAACAAGGUGACGGGCGUGUCGGGCUCCUCGACCAACUCCGUCUCGUCGGGCGAGGAGGUCGACGAGGACGCCAACGUGGCGGUGCACAGGCCCGCGCACGUCGAGAAUCCGCAGGUGCGCCGGCCGAAAAUGGACGCCGUCGUGGAUGGGUUCGUCGGCGGCGUCGCGGUCGGCUCGACGACCGUGUACGCGAGCGGUCCGCUCGAGAUGGUUGGUGAUCUGCGCGCUGCGGUUGCCAGGCAGAACGACAGCGGCAAGGUGUGGCGAGGCGAGGAGAGGUUCGACGUGCGGUUGGUGAGCGAUGACCGCGUUGAAUGGUAA